AUGGAUAACAAUCAUUUAGCAACAACUGUCUCUGUGGACAAUGAUGGACUGAAAGACGCAAUCAGUGCUGCUAAUUUUUCUAUAGGAGCCAUCCGUCUCCCGUAUAGAUGCAUCCUUCAGUUGGCCACAGCGGAAGAACUGAUGCUCUUCAAGAUUCUGAGCUGCUGUGUCAACCCUCUCAUUUCUGUUCUUGGUUUCAUAGCCAACAUGGUGAGCAUCGCCAUACUGCGACGCAGUGGGAUGUCCAAACCAAGCAACAUUUUACUGCUUGGCCUUGUGCUUGCAGACAGCAUGAACCAGCUUCUUACCGUCAACUAUGGGGAUAUUCUCGCACAGCUGGGCCCCAACAAGAGAUACCCACAGCUGUGUGGCUGGCAGUACGGGGCGGGUCUCAACUUUUUUUUGAUGAUUUUUAGAAACGUUUUUUUCUUCUUGGGAAAUCUAGGUCAGUACGUAUGCACUGUGUUCCCUGUUCUGAUCACUAUCGAGAGACUAUUGGCAGUUUUCAUGCCUAUAACUUUCACUAAGAUAGUAACGCCUAAAACUGCGGUGAUUUGUGUGGUUUUGGCGUUUUUCUUCUGGUUUCCUUGGAUACUGUUCUAUAUGAUCUAUAAUGACGUAUACUUCAUUGAAUUCCCCGAGGGAGACAACUCUAUGUACUUUGCCAUAAGCGCUAGGUUACUUCCCAUUAUGGAUACGUUUGUUCUCUUAAACUACUAUGUAUUCGACUCACUGGAAAGUUGGGUGCCUAUCAUUUUUGUCACGGGUGGCUGCGUCUUGGUGUGGAUAAAGGUGAAGGUUUCACUCAGCAAGCGCAGGAAAUUAAUGCCUUCCCAGAAACAAAGUAUACGGUGGUCUCCCAGGACAACCAGAACACUGCUCAUCACUUGCUUUGUCUUCUCUGUCACUCAUAUCAUCUACUCCUUCAUUAACUAUAACAUUACCGCGGCCAGUGGUUCUCAAUACCGCAUAUAUGUUGAGGCCAUGAAUCUCCUGUACCUCAUUAAUAGCUCCAGCAAUUUUUUCAUCUACAUAGCCUCGAACAGAAAGUUGCUGAAAAUAUUCUUGGACAUUUUGCACAGACGAAAGUAA